GUAUUACUGUGCAUAAAAGAAGUAAAAGUAUCGCAACUAAGAACGAAAACGGAUAUAUCUGCUUUGCUUUCAUCAAUUGUAUAGAAAUGGAUGUCCUGUUUUCUUCGAUGAGAUAAACUUCACGUUGCAUAGGUAUUUCCUAAUGCUGCUAUAUAAAGCAUCCGAUCUCUAAAUCACUCUCUUCUUUUGCUUUUUUCCCUGCAGAUUCGUGUUCUAGAAAUGUCGUCAGGGUUGCAUAUCCAGAAAGUGCUGGUUAUUCAAGAUGCAUUUGUGGAUCAUUCUGUAAAUGCUAUCAGAUGGGCUAUCAGAGGCCUGUCUCUUCAGCCAAGAGACAAGAUCAAGCUGCUUCGGGUUAUUCAGCUGUUCGAUACAACAUCUUCUAUCACCUGUGGGAUAUUAGGACACAGAAGGAAACUGCAUUCGAGUGCCACGAUUACACAGAGAGAAGAAAGCAUCAAGAAAGAAACUGACAAGAAACUAGGAGAGGAUAGAAACAGUGAUGAGAUGAAUAAUAUACUUCAGCUUGCGACCAUGCAACAGAUUGAAUUUGAAAGAGCCGUCGAAGCAGGUCACUCGCUGAAAGGAGCUAUUGUGCUGGCGGCUAAGGCUUUCAAUGCAACAUCGGUCAUCCUUGACAGAAAAUCAAAGAAAGAUCAGAAAUACUUUAUAGAUAAUCUCAAAUGCGCCAUUUUGAGGGUGAAGCGUGACCAAAGUGUUGAAUAUGUUAGAAGGCCAAACGCUGCAGAAAGUUAUUAUAUUGCUGCGGACAGAGGCCAGAGUAGCAGCCAUCGCGCUGGUGACCAGGGAGAAGUGAUAUUUCAGACGUCAAUUUGCUCAAUAUGCAUGAAUCCGAGGCCACACAUGGGACCGUUAAGGGAAUUCACCUAUAGUGAUCUGCACUAUUCCACAAGUGGAUUUUCUGUGCGAAGUGGACUACCUCAUACCCGAAAGGUAUUUUACAGAGGAGUUCUCAGUGACGGAGUUCAAAUAUUCGUUAGGAAACAUGCACUGGGAACCAUCACUGAGAUGGAAUUUAAGUCCAGAGUACAGAUGCUUGGAAAAGUCAGACACGAAAAUGUGGCUAUGCUAUUAGGAUCGUGUUCAGACGGGCCAGAAAAGUUGCUUGUUUAUGAGUAUGUCUGUAACAUGACACUGAAUGUGCAUCUAACAAAUAGAAGUAGGGAAUUGACAUGGGAAAGGAGAAUGAAAAUAGCCAGGGGAAUUGCCAAAGGAUUGGAAUACUUGCAUAGCAAAAGCUUCUAUGGGAGCAUGAGACCAAACAAUGUUCUGCUAACGCAUGACUAUGAUCCAUUGCUAGCAAACUUUGGACUUGCAAGAAAUCAAUACGAGGACUUGAAUCAGUCCUCAGAAACUAGAGUCAUGAAGACAUUUGAAUACUUGGCACCAGAAUAUGAAGAAUCUGGAAUAGAUUCAAGCAAAACAGACGUAUAUUCAUUAGGCGUCGUUCUUCUGGAACUAAUAACCGGUCGAAAAACUAUAGAAGAAACAGAAGGCAAAAGCUUCUUAAGAUGGGCAAGGCCGCUGUUGAAAGAUAAAAGCUAUGGAGAACUCAUCGACCCUGUGGUCCUAGAGUCUCAUGAUCUUCAUCAACUGUUUUGGAUGGUACGCAUAGCUGAAAAAUGUAUCAAUCGAGACCCUGGCAAAAGAUUCUCAAUACAUAAGGUGGUUAAUAUUCUGAUGUACAUUUCAAGGAAUCGUGAAACUGUAGACUUGUCUCUUCUGGAAUCUGAGAUUGAACCAACAAGAUGAGGGUGCUAUUACAGAUAAUACCACCACCACAACAGCUGAAGUUCAUUAUUUUUCGGAUUUUUUCAUCAAGCCAUAAUUUCUAGGAGAAAAUAUUCGAGUCUGUACACUGUGGUAUCGUAUAAGGACAGUAUGGAUCGUGAAAUUCCAACCCGAAUAACAUAUACAAGAAUUAUAUUUCAAUACAAUCGGUUGAAUAUAGCGUGAUCCAAACUGUCCAUACUGUAAUUGGUGUCCGUAAUGUAAUGUGGUUUCCGUUUAGUGACAAGUAGAGUACUAUUUUGAGUUGUGAAGUCAAGUCAAAGUGUAUUAAAAGCGCAAAAUUGUCUGGGCCUCAAAUGUGGAUCUGUUGAGAAAUAAGGUUCACACUUUAUGAAGACUUGACCAGCAUUUACUGAAAGCAGCCCAGUCGUUACACUGUACCAGCUCCGACCAUAUCGAAAUAAUUGAAACAUUUUUGCUACAAAACAUUCAGAUU